CGCUCUUUCCAGAACGCACCAGCCCCGCGAGCUCGCGGCCGCCGGCGCGGUCCAGCCCUCGGCAGGGGACGGAGGACCCACCGACCGCAGCACCGAGCCCCGCCUGCCCCGCAGCGUGACCGCGGCGACAUCGGCUCCCGGGGCAGCGCAGGUCUGCGCUAAGACCAUGGGCGCCGCGCUGGGCACGGGCGCGCGGCUGGCUCUCCUGCCGGGCCGGGCCUGCGGCGCCCUCCCGCGCUGGGCACCCUCCGUGCCCGCCCGAGGCUGCCACUCCAAGCCCGGCCCGGCGCGCCCUGUACCCCUAAAGAAGCGCGGAUACGAUGUCACCAGGAACCCGCAUCUCAACAAGGGGAUGGCCUUUACACUGGAAGAAAGGCUGCAGCUCGGAAUCCACGGCCUAAUCCCCCCCUGCUUCCUGAGCCAGGACGUCCAGCUUCUCCGGAUCAUGAGGUACUAUGAGCGGCAGCAGAGUGACCUGGACAAGUACAUCAUCCUCAUGACCCUCCAAGACCGGAACGAGAAGCUCUUCUACCGGGUGCUGACGUCGGACGUGGAGAAGUUCCUGCCGAUCGUGUACACGCCCACGGUGGGCCUGGCCUGCCAGCACUAUGGCCUGACCUUCCGCAGGCCCCGUGGGCUGUUUAUCACCAUUCAUGACAAGGGGCACCUUGCAACAAUGCUGAACUCUUGGCCAGAAGACAACAUUAAGGCUGUGGUGGUGACUGAUGGGGAACGCAUACUGGGCCUGGGAGACCUGGGCUGCUACGGCAUGGGCAUCCCUGUGGGCAAGCUGGCCCUGUACACGGCGUGCGGAGGGGUGAACCCGCAGCAGUGCCUCCCUGUGCUGCUGGACGUUGGCACCAACAAUGAGGAGCUGCUCAGAGACCCUCUGUACAUCGGCCUGAAACACCAGCGUGUGCGCGGGAAGGAGUAUGAUGACUUGCUGGACGAGUUCAUGCAGAGCGUCACAGACAAGUUUGGAAUAAAUUGCCUCAUCCAGUUUGAAGACUUUGCCAAUGCCAAUGCCUUCCGCCUGCUCAACAAAUACCGCAACAAGUACUGCAUGUUCAAUGAUGACAUCCAAGGCACAGCCUCUGUCGCAGUGGCAGGGAUCCUGGCUGCUCUGCGAAUCACCAAAAACAAGCUCUCUAAUCACGUGUUUGUUUUCCAAGGUGCAGGUGAGGCAGCCAUGGGCAUCGCCCACCUCCUUGUCAUGGCUCUGGAGAAAGAAGGUGUACCCAAGGCAGAGGCCACAAGGAAGAUCUGGAUGGUGGACUCCAAGGGGCUCAUUGUCAAGGGGAGGAGCCACCUGAACCAUGAGAAGGAGAUGUUUGCCCAAGACCAUCCUGAAGUGAACUCCCUGGAGGAGGUGGUGAGGCUGGUGAAACCCACCACCAUCAUAGGUGUUGCCGCCAUCGCAGGAGCCUUCACGGAGCAGAUUCUCAGGGACAUGGCCUCCUUCCACGAGCGCCCUAUCAUCUUUGCCCUGAGCAACCCCACCAGCAAGGCCGAGUGUACGGCUGAGAAGUGCUACCAGGUCACCGAGGGCCGAGGGAUCUUUGCCAGUGGAAGUCCUUUUAAGAGCGUGACUCUGGAAGAUGGCAAGACCUUCAUUCCCGGGCAGGGAAACAAUGCCUAUGUGUUCCCUGGGGUGGCCCUGGGAGUCAUCGCUGGUGGGAUCCGGCACAUCCCAGACGAGAUCUUCCUCCUGACAGCAGAGCAAAUUGCCCAGGAGGUCUCUGAGCAGCAUCUGGCUCAGGGGAGACUUUACCCACCACUCAGCACCAUCCGAGAUGUGUCUCUGAGAAUCGCCAUCAAAGUCCUCGACUACGCGUACAAACACAACCUGGCCUCCUACUACCCGGAGCCCAAGGACAAGGAGGCUUUCAUAAGAUCCCAUGUCUAUACUCCAGACUAUGACUCCUUUUCGCUGGACAGCUACACUUGGCCCAAGGAAGCUAUGAAUGUUCAAACGGUCUGAUGCAGUCUCAGGGGCUGGUAUGGGAUGGAUGAAGCCCAGAGUAACACGCACAAUAUAAAUGGGUUCCAAAAUGGC